UCAAGCAAAGUUCAAGUCGUAACUAAAACGCUGCCAAGACAGCUCAAUACAUCAAGUUAACUCUGCAAUAGUGCAAUACGUACUGUUGGAUGGACUUCUGCCAGCUGAAAAAGCCCUGCCUGAUCUGGAGGAGAUAAUCAAUUUGUUCGCUGCAUCCAUCUUGAAGCAGAGCAUAGUCAUAUUAGUCGCCAUGGCAUCGAUGAUGGCCAUGGUGAAGGAACUGGCCAUAUUUGUGCUUGCUACUACGGUUGUUGGGUUUUUAGCAGCCGCUAAAGAGGUGACAGUAAUGGGCCUCUUCACAAUCAGCUUUUUAUUUGCUUUAGUUUCAGCAGCUUUUUAUUUGCUUUUUGCAGUUUAUGAGCCAGAGACAGUCAUACAGACGGAGACCGAGACAGACAUGAAACCAGAGACAGACACAUAUUUGGAGACAGGAACAGAGUUGGAGACAGACACAGAGUUGGAGACAGGCACAGAGUUGGAGACAGGCACUGAGUUGGAGACAGGCACAGAGUUGGAGACAGGCACAGAGUUGGAGACAGGCACAGAGUUGGAGACAGGCACUGAGUUGGAGACAGGCACAGAGUUGGAGACAGGCACAGAGUUGGAGACAGGCACAGAGUUGGAGACAGGCACUGAGUUGGAUACUGACAUGGAGAUAGAGACAGAAAAUCUCGUGCCAAAUAUAUUGUUCGGCCACCGUCGUCGGUUCAACCCCACCGUCGUCGGGCGUGCAACAAUCAUACGACCACCAAUCGUUUCAUCAGACGAUACUGACACGGAGUCGGAUACUGAUCUGAAGCUGAAGACAGACUUGGAUCCGGCCACUGUCAUGGAUCCGGCCACUGUCAUGGAUCCGGCCACCAUCAUGGAUCCGGCCACCAUCAUGGACCCGGCCACCGUCGUGGAUCCGGCCACCGUCUUGGGUUCGGCCACCGUUGCGGAUUCAUCCACCGUUGCGGAUUCAUCCACCGUUGUGGGAUCGACCACUGUUGUGGAUCCGGCCACCGUCUUGGGUUCGGCCACCAUUGUGGAUCCGGCAACUGUCGUGGGUUCAUCCACCGUUGCAGAUUCAUCCACCACUGUGGGAUCGACCACCGUCGUGGGUUCGGCCUCCAUCGUGGGUUCGGCCACCGUCGUGGGUUCAGCCACCGUCGUGGGUUCGGCCACUGUCGUGGGUUCGGCCAUCGUCGUGGGUUCGGCCACCGUCGUGGGUUCGGCCACUGUCGUGGGUUCAUCCACUGUCGUGGGUUCAGCUACCAUUAUGGGUUCAUCCUCCGUCAUUGGUUCAUCCACUGUUGUUGGUUCCUCCACUGUUGUGGGUUCAUCCACCGUCAUGGGUUCAUCCACCGUCCUGGGUUCUUCCACCGUCAUGGGUUCAUCCACCGUCAUGGGUUCAUCCACCAUUAUUGGUUCAUCCACUGUUUUUGGUGCAUCCACCUUCGUGGGUUCGGCCACCGACAGCAGGCUCGCCCCAGUAGACCCAAUAGAAAGAGGGCGAGAUUCAUUAGGAAGAGAGCAAGACCCAACGGGGCAUCAAGAUCCAACAGGGGAGCAAGACCCAACUGGGGAGCAAGACCCAACAGGGCAUCAAGAUCCAACAGGGGAGCAAGAUCCAACAGGAGAGCAAGACCCAACUGGGGAGCAAGACCCAACAGGGCAUCAAGACCCAACUGGGGAGCAAGACCCAAUAGGGCAUCAAGACCCAACAGGGCAUCAAGACCCAACAGGGGAGCAAGACCCAACAGGGGAGCAAGACCCAACAGGGGAGCAAGACCCAACAUGGGAGCAAGAUCCAAGAGGGGAGCAAGAUCCAACAUUGCUACCAAUCGCAUCGCUACCACCCCCAUAUGCAUGCCUACCACAACCAAGCGCAUCGCCACCACCUCCAUACACACGGCUGCCACCCCCAAAUUCAUUGCUACUACCUCAAUAUGCAUAUGUACCACCCUUAAAUACAUCGCAACCACCAGAAGUUUUGCCAGAUGAUGAAGACUUGUGUUAA